AUGCCUGCUGCUGCUUCUUCGGGCAGGAAGCCGGCCAAGAAGGCGAUGGUGGAAGCUCCUCCAGCUGACGAAACGAGGGUUUUGCCAUUGGCAUUCACAUCUUUCCAAGUGCCUGCACCCAUCAACGCCAAGAACGUAUCCACCACCUUUCUCAAACACGAUUCUCAGUCAUGGUCCACACGCAGAGGCUUCAACAAUCCUGGGCCUCUGGCACCUGGUAUGGUAGCGAGCAGGGGCCGCAAGCGGAGAAGGGCGACGGAUCAAGAGGAUGCGGAUAGAUCAAGAGCUGCUUCCACAACCGCUUCUGCAUUGGAAGACGAGAACAGCGAUGGUGCCGAUGGGGAAGAGGAGGAUGAGGCGCAGGACAUCAAUCCGGCCUCCAAGACAAUCGUCAUACAUCCAAGCUCCACCUCUUUGCGAAUAGCUCUUGCUACUGACCUAUUCCCAAAGACUUUUGUCAAUGUCAUUGCGCGCAGGGAUAAGAGGGGCGCACCUCGUAGAGCACCGAUCAAGAGCACUCUGCCCAGCAUGAAGCUGGAAGGAGAAGAUGCUGAGGAAGAUCGCGCUGACCCCGAGAAGGAUGUUAAUUCUUCGUCUGGUCGCAAUGCUCAGGAAGAGGAGAUGGAAGUGGAUGGGACGCGCAAGUCUUCUGUGAGUGUUGCGAACGCCACAGGCCUGAGCAAAAAGAUAGACGUCCUUCGCACCGACUUGCGAAAGAUCAUGCGGGCGAUGAAGUUGAGGCCAGUCACGAAUGGUCGCGGCUUAGCAGCACAGUACAACGAAUCCGCGCGUAGCGAAAAGAUACCGGAUCAUGCAGACGUGACUGGUGUGGAGUGGACAAAGGUGGUAGACGAGGAGGCGGACACAAUCCUGGGCCAAAGAGCGACUCGGCUGCCUCAGUACUCUAGCGGCAACUAUCCGAACGAUGAGCCCGUCGACAGACCGUGGGAGCUCUUCUGGCCUUUCAGAGCAGGCAGGCUCAACAUCGAGCCAUAUGUCGAGCGGUAUGGUCAAUCGGCUGCUUCAUCGGCGCUCAGCAAAGACAUACAGAGCAUCCUUCUUCAUGCUAUUAGUCUGCCUCGAGAUGCGUCGGAAAGCGCUUCAAAUGAGGAGACACUCGCAGAUGCAGAGGAAGGCUUGGGUAUAUCUCCAAAAGACCUGCACCUUUACAGCGCCAUUCUCGUCGUGCCCGAUCUAUACAGCCCGACUGAUGUGGAGCAGCUGGUGGAUCUGCUCUUUUGCGAUCUGAAUUUUGCGGCGAUCUGUAUACAGCAAGAGAGCGUGUGCGCGACAUUCGGAGCAGGCCAAUCCGGCGGAUGCGUGGUUCAUCUUGGCAGCGAAAGAAUCGCUAUCAGCUGCAUCGACGAAGGUCUGGUCUAUCCCGAAAGCAGAAUUUCGCUCGCAUAUGGAGGCAGAGACGUCUCCUUGUUCUUCGCUCAGCUCCUGAAAGCCGCCAAAUUGUCGUACACGGAAUUGGAUCCUGAUCGUCGACUAGCUGAUCGCUGGCUCAUCGAUGAUCUCAAGCAUCGUCUUUCGACUCUAGACGCCACCCAAUUGGGACUGACCAUCACCGAGUUCUACUUGCGCCUUCCCAGCAAGCCGACUGUGAAGUACACCGUAAGGACUUAUGACGAAGUCAUACUAGCACCCAUGGCUCUCUUUAGCCCUCGAGUUGUAGACUUUAAGAGCAAGCAGCAUUUAGCGCCAAAGACGAUGGAGAGUAUCUCGAGGGAAGAGAGGGAUGAAGGAGAGAGGGUGGCUGUUGGCUCCGGGGCAGAUGUCGCCAUCACACAAGCAAUGAAGGAUUGCGUUCAACAUCUUCUUCCCGUUCCCGUCGUCAAUACCGCGUCCGAGGGCACAGCCGACGCUGCACCCAUGGAAAGGUCAGCAAGCACUACCAGCAACAUCGCCUCCGCUCAUCCAGCUGCAGCGACAGUUACAACCCCAGCUGCGAGUGCAAAUAAAAAUAGCGCUAGUCCCAUGCCACCUGGCAUGCAAAGCCUUUUGCUUCCCAAUUACCAAGAGGGCAUAGCGGGGGCGACCAAAGCGGAAGAUGGGGGAGAAACCAAGGCUAACGGUGGAGCAGAGACGUCUCGCGCAGACACGCCUUCGCUCAAGAAUGCUCCUGGCGGCAAUGCCCCAGCAGCUACCUCAUCGUUGGGCGCAGGCACGACCCAAGGCUUAGCAGCUAUUGAUGUGCCCUUUGAAGCUUCCAAAGUCCCUCUGGAUGUGGCGCUUUGGAACUCGAUCAAAUCUUGCCUGACUUCGCAGCUUUCGCCAGCUGCUGCCGAAGAGAGGAUAAAGAGGCUGGCUGGAAACAUCCUCUGCACCGGGGGAUCCGCUCUGAUUCCUGGUCUAGGUGCGGUUCUCGAAGCAAGGCUCAAUACGCACCUGGAAAGCUGGGCAGCUACGGAAUUGCAUAAAGAUGCAGAUUCAGCACCCCUUGCCACCGUCAUUCCCUCUCCUCGAGAUAUGGACCCCAGAGUGUUAGCCAGCAAAGGAGCGGCCGUCUUGGCUAGGCUGGAAAGUGUUGGCGAGCUGUGGGUGUUCAAGGAGGAGUGGGAAAUGUUUGGCUGGAGGGCUUUGCGUGAGAAGAGGUGA